GCCGUGAUAAACAACUUCCUGUAUCGCACCUAACAUUAGGUUUCACGGAGGAAGAUGUGUGGGUUGCACAGGAACUGUCAAUUUAUCAUAGCGGAUUGAACAAUGUAGCCCUGAGUGCAUAUAUAGCGAGAAAUAUGUCCACUGGAAGCAUUAUAUCAACUUCUUUUAAAUACCACCUAGCUCGUGAGUCGCAGACAACAGGUCAUAACCCUAAUCUCCCACAACCAGGUAACACUACCUGGCGGACAAUAUACUCGCAGGCCUCUGAAACUGCGAAGUAACUAAACAGAUAUGGUAUUGCUGCGGGGAAAGGUACAUAAGCAGGAGGAGAGAAGGUUUCAUUUGAACACCAAGGAUUUCCUUCGUCCGCAUUUGAAACAAAUAGGAAACAGCAUUGCGGAUAUCAGAAGUUAUUUUGAAAAGAAAGGGGUCAUCAACAUGAUGCCAGACAGACUGACCAAGGACCUGGUGGACAUUAACGCUGAGUUGUUGUCGCUCUUGGAGGAAGAUUGUAUUUUAUCAUGUGACAAUAUUGUGAAAGGAGCAUUUUCUGAAACAUGCACAGACACUUCGUGCCUUGUAAUGUUGGCAGAAUCAUUUGCAUCAACAUUCACUCCAUGUGUGUUGCCACAAACAUUUAAACACAAAUGUGACAUAUUCCUAGCAAUGCCGCAGCAACCCCUUAUUGUGCUUACAUUGACAGAUGAUUCGCUUGAGACAGAACAAGCUAGAGAAUAUAAUGCUUCUGUGGCCAGAGAAAUAACAUCAAAUCUGCGAGUGUUCACCAACGAGAGCGUUAAUAUUGUGCAUGGGGUUAUCUGCAGACACGAUUUGAAAGACAGUCGCAUGUUCCACACAAAGUUACUUAUCCAUGCAGCGUUAUCGUCGCUAUUCCUUCCAAAGUCUUCUUUCUCGAUGAGUAGAACAAAAUACAACCACGUUGUGACUGCCUUCUGGGCAGCAAUGGCACAGACCAAGUCAGUACCAACAGAGACAGGUGAAACUAUCAGGUUUCUCACCAAGGACCAGUGUAUCGUGCUGGUGGAGAACAUGAACAGUAAGCAUGUUCAGGUGAGAUGUGAGCCCAGCAGUGGGGCCACGAUACUGAUGCUGGAGGUGGCCAGGAGGCUGAGCAGACUUGGGGACACACUCCUGGUGUGCAGGUCACGGGAGGAGAGAGAUCGGCUAAGGUCCGUUUACCCAUCAACAAUAUCGAUGUACGAUGUUGGAAACUGGGAUCUGUCCAAGUUUGAGAAUGUUGUCAACGACACUCACGAAAUACAGUGUGAACCACGAGGUCGUCACUGGCAGUUUCUAACAGCUCAGCACGGCCAGUCACCAUCGGGGUUCGAAGAACAUGUCGUGCCUUGCAACGGCAGACUGGGACGCCCCUGCUUCCAAACGUCCAAUGGCGAUAUUUCGGAGCUAACAAAUUGGCAAGGAAAUACAGCUUUACAACCGAUGUUGGCUUCUCACUGUUUAUCACAACAGUUGUAGACAGGACGUUCUGUGUCGACACCACGUUAUUUACCUCGUUAUUGUAUUCGUCAUCUGCAAAGAGAAUGUAUUUCAAGUUUUGUGGACAACAGAGAGCUUGCUAUUUGACAAUUUCAUAUUACGACUAAGACGUCAUAUUUGUUGCGUCACAAUGUGCUAUAUGACGUCAUAAAAGUGACGCACUGUGUAGAACGAAACCUUUGCAAGGCUUGCUCAGUUUGCAUUGGGGGUGCAGGGGUGGUCGGGUAGCCUAGUGGUUAAAGCGUUCGCUCGUCACGCCGAAGGGUACCCGACAUGGGUACAAUGUGUGAAGCCCAUUUCUGGUGUCCCCCGCCUUGAUAGUGCUGGCAUAUUGCUAAAGGCGGCGUAAAACCAUACUCAUUCACUCACUCACUCAUUGGGAGGCCCACCUCAAUUAGCUGACGAAGUUGCCGUUCUUUCAGUGCCUGUUAUAAGUUUAUGAGAAGUAUUACGGUGAAAACAAACUGCUUGAGCAUA